AUGUCUGCAACCGAAAGCUCAGAGUAUCGGCAGUCAAGGCAAUUAUCAGCGGUGCUUAUCUUUAACCAGUUCAAUUACAUCGAAACCAACCAUACUCUCUCCUAUAACCUUACCCUCGACAUCUCCCUCACAAAUCCGUGCCAGAAAUACUUUAAGUUGAUUGACAACCAAGCCUUUGCAUACUAUCAAGACCAGAAAUUUGGUCUUGUGACAUUGAUUGAUAGGAGGACAGCGUUUCACCAACACCCCAAGAACACCGCCUUUUUUCAGAAUGCAGUUGUUGAAGGCUGGAAGACUAUGGGGUUUGAAGAACCUGUGCUUCCCAAAGAUUGA